AUGAAUACAACACAUCAGCUCAAUACUACAGAUUUUUUUUUCAAAGGUUUGUCUGAAUCAUUGCCAUUAUUCCUACUUAUUUUACUGGCCUAUGUCAUCAUUAUCUGUGGGAAUGUCACCAUCAUUACAGUGAUUUGUGAGGAUUCUCACCUUCAUACUCCUAUGUAUAUUUUCCUUUUAAACCUGUCUAUAAUUGACAUUGCUUCUACCUCCAUUACUCUACCUAAAUUAUUAAACAUGCUAAUUACACAAUACAAUGUAAUCUCAUUUACAGGAUGUAUGAUACAAAUGUUUCUCUUUCUUUUUUGGGCUGGAACGGAGGUCAACUUACUUGCCGCCAUGGCGUAUGAUCGUUAUGUGGCAAUCUGUCACCCACUUCAUUAUGUUGUCCUCAUGAGUUUAAGACGCACUGCUUACCUGUCGGCUAUAGCAUGGGUUGUUGGUUUUUAUGACUCAAUCGUACACACUGUCCUUAUCUCUAGGAUGUCCUUUUGUUCUUCUCAUUUAAUAAACCAUUUUUUCUGUGAUAUUUUGCCAUUAUUACAGAUCUCCUGCAGUGAUGUAUCAGAGGUGGAAACUUUAACUUACAUUGAUGGGACCUUAAUGGCAUUUACUACAUUCCUGCUUAUAAUAUUAUCCUAUAGCUUUAUUAUUUCCUCUAUAUUGAAGAUAAAGUCGUCAGAAGGUCAGAUUAAAGCUUUCUCUACCUGUACAUCACAUCUGACCUGUGUCAUUAUGUAUUAUGGAACAUUAAUAUCUUUGCACAUGAGGCCCACAUCCAAUUAUUCUCCAGAAGAAGACAUGUAUUUUGCUCUUUUGUACGUUGUGUUGGUUCCUAUGCUAAAUCCUUUUAUAUACAGUUUAAAAAAUAAAGAAUUUCAAAAGGCUUUGGCAAAAUCUAAGAGCAAUUUUGGUGUCUGUAAAAAGCAAUAUCUCAAUUGUCAUGUUCUGCAAAUAAAAACUGUAACAAUAAACUACUGUACUAAAUAA